AUAUUUUACUUCAAUCUAUUACAAAUAAUCUUUUUUUUUUUUUACAAAUACUAUUAAAACAAGAGUGCAUGAAUACCACGAGGCAACGUGGAGGACAUAUGACAUUUACACCACCACCUUUCCCCUUUCUGUCUUUGUUUUUUCUUCUUCUUUUUUUUAUGCAUUUUCGUAGUAUUUAUCUAUUUAUAACAAAGAUACUUUUGUCUUAGAAAAAUUUCCUCAUCAUUUCUAGUCUAUCAUAUGGAGGAAAGUGACACCCAAACCCACCCACUCCUCACACCGUUAAACCAACCACAACAUAAUCAAAUCCAUUCAGCUGUAUUCGCCGCUAAUUCCGAUGAUAUUCCUCCUAUCAACGGCGCCGGUGACUUUACCAGAGAGUUUCUUAUUGAAUCUAAGAAACUCUGGUAUCUCGCCGGCCCCGCUAUCUUCACUUCCAUUUCUCAAUACUCUCUUGGUGCCGUUACUCAAGUUUUUGCUGGUCAAGUUGGUACUCUUCAACUCGCUGCCGUUUCAAUUGAAAACUCCGUCAUCGCUGGUUUCUGCUUAGGCAUCACGUUGGGGAUGGGAAGCGCAUUGGAGACGCUAUGCGGACAAGCUUUCGGAGCAGGAAAACUUGACAUGUUAGGAAUAUACAUGCAAAGAUCGUGGUUAAUUCUAAACGCCACCGCGGUUAUUCUAAGUCUUCUCUACAUUUUUGCGGAUCCGCUUCUAAAGCUUAUAGGUCAAACAAUAGCAAUAUCAGAGGCGGCCGGGGUUUUUGCACUAUGGAUGAUUCCUCAGCUCUUCGCUUACGCAAUGAACUAUCCGAUACAAAAGUUCUUGCAAGCGCAAAGUAAGAUAAUGGUUAUGGCGUGGAUUUCUGUGGUCGCGUUGGUGGGACACACGUUCUUUAGUUGGCUACUUAUGUUGCGGCUAGGAUGGGGACUUGUUGGUGCCGCGGUGGUGCUUAAUUCUUCUUGGUGGUUUAUUGUGGUGGCUCAAAUUGUUUAUGUUUUGAGUGGGUAUUGUGGUGAAGCUUGGAGUGGUUUUUCAUUUCAAGCCUUUCAAAAUCUUUGGGGUUUUGUUCGUCUCUCACUUGCCUCAGCUGUUAUGAUGUGCCUUGAAAUAUGGUACUUUAUGGCAUUAAUUCUAUUCGCUGGAUAUCUGGAGAAUGCAGAAGUUUCGGUUGAUGCAUUAUCUAUAUGCGCAAACAUAUUGGGAUGGACCGUCAUGGCAUCCUUUGGAGUUAACGCAGCCGUAAGUGUAAGAGUAUCAAAUGAAUUGGGGGCAUCUCAUCCAAGAGCAGCAAAAUUCUCACUAGUGGUUGCAGUGAUUACAUCAUUUGUCAUUGGUCUCAUGCUAUCAUUGAUUUUAAUAAUCUUUAGAAAAGAAUAUCCAUUAUUAUUUUCAAAUGAUCCAGCAGUGAGAGAGGUAGUGGUCGAGCUUACACCAAUGUUGGCAUUAUGCAUUGUCAUCAACAACAUUCAGCCAGUUCUUUCAGGUGUUGCCAUUGGGGCAGGAUGGCAAUCAGCUGUUGCUUAUGUAAAUAUUGCUUGUUACUAUCUCUUUGGUAUUCCUUUGGGCCUAUUUUUUGGGUACUAUCUUGACUUUGGUGUCUUGGGGAUAUGGUCUGGAAUGUUGUCAGGAACAGUCCUACAAACUCUUGUUUUAUUCUUCAUGGUCUAUAGAACUGACUGGAAUAAUGAGGCAUCACUUGCGGAAGCAAGAAUAAGCAAGUGGGGUGGGCAUAGUAAAGAUUUGAAGAUGAAAGAUAAUGAGAAGAAUCAUCAAGAAAUACAUGAAACUUCUGCAAAUUCUAGCAGCAGCUAAUUCAUGCCUAUAUGUUGUCAGGAGAAAUAUCUAAUUUGGCACAAAUUCAAAUAAAAAAUAUUUGAGCACUCACUCAUAAAUAAAAAAAAAAUUGAGACACAAAAAAGAAUUAAAUAAUUUGAUUAAUUUUUUUAUUUAUAUGUGCCUAAAUUAUUUUUAAUUUGGAGUUGUGUCCAUGUAAAUGUUUCUCUGUUUUCGAUUGUGAAUCUAUUAGUGUUGUGACAGUAACAUUAUUUCACUGCAAUUCACCCAAGUUUUAGAGAGGUCAUAUGUUGUUCUUUGAUCAAAUUCUUCACUAUUUUUAAUUUUUGUUGUGUUAAAGUGGAUAUUCAUCCAAGAAGUCUCACAUUGAAUAGUUGGUAGAAAAAAGAGGUAGAAGAUUAUUAUAAGUAUGGAGAAUUAUAUUGAAUUUUAUUCACCGUAACUCUAGAUUUUCGUGUGUAUUGAGGUUUUGGUAGUUGUGAGUCUUGCAAAGAAAGUUUACAAUUUUUCUGUGCAAAAGUCAUAGUUGAAAGGGUUUUGAAAUUUUGGUUAGUGUAAAAAAUUAUAAUUGUGUGAAAGUUUGAGAAAUUGCAAUUUUGUUUAGUUUUA